AUGCCGCUGGAUGUGACGCGCGAGACAGAUGCGUCAUCUUUGCGCGUAGCCACGUUGCGUGUGAUUUUGCAGGACUAUGGUAUCGUAGUGCCGGGUCAUGCGCGCAAGUCGGCUCUGGUCGCUGCUUUUAACGAGCAUGUGCGGCCCAAGUUGCCAUCUGCCUCCCAGCGUGCCGGGCCCAAGCCCGAGCCAUCUUUGCGCAUUGGCACACCAGGUAUUCGACGACCGUCGACGGCCAAUGCAUGUUCGGCCGCCAACGAUAUCCGUUUCUCUGACGAAAACCCAUUCCAGUCGUCGACGCCUCGCAAAAAGCGCCUGUCUCAAGCCGCACCACCAACGACGCCUGUAGCGACGCCGACGCCGCCUUAUACCCGCUCACCAGACAAGGUGCGCCGAAUGGCUCAGUCCUCUGACCGGCCCCAGUGGCGUGCCGCCCAGCUGGCGCCUGUUUGGCAGCAAAUCCGGGCGCGGUGGCAAGAGACACUCGUCCGCUGGGCGCUAUGGCUCUGUUUGCUUGUAUGGAUCUGGUACUGCUGGCAGUCGCGUCUUGAGGGCUUUUGCUCUACUGGUGCCGACCUGCCUAGUUGGGACCGCCCUACAAAUGUCUGGCAGGCCCUGCAGAAGACGUUGACGCCCGUUUGCACGCCGUGUCCCGACCACGGUAUUUGCGUGGGUGGCCGUCUUGAUGCGUGCGAUGCAUCCGACUAUAAGGUCGAAGAGCCAAUGCAAGGGCACAUCCCGCUCCUGGCACAACUCAUACCUUUCUCGUGGCGGGCGAGCCAGUGUGUGCCCGACACGCAUAAACUUUUGCUGGCGUCUGAACUCGCGGAUGCGGUGGUCGACUAUCUCGCACACUUCCACGGACAGGUACGAUGUAAGCUAGCUCUUCCCCAUGGGCAGGCCCCGCUUCAAGAGCCGCUGGGUCGGUACGCUUUACCUGAGCGCCAAGUGCGGGAUGCGCUCGAGACCCGUACGAUCGAGUCUGUUGACGCUGCCACCUUUGACUUCCUCUGGCACAUGGUGAUGGACGGUUUGCUGGAGCAUGCUCCAGGUGAUAUGCAGGCAUACACCCAUCAGACGCAGCGUUGGCUCGUUUCGCGCCGCAAGAUUAUGCCAUUUUCAUGCCGGUUGCGAAUGUACGUGCUCGACUGGGUAUGGAGGUAUCGCAUGGUACUUUUGACCAUAUUGGUGGCCGUCGUCAGUACAUGUGCGCUCUCUCGAAGUGUUCAGCGCCGGCGCGUCCGUCGGCAUGUGGUGGCCACGCAUGCUCAGGUUGUGUUCGAGCGCCUGAAGCUGCAGGCCGCGCAGGCUGUCUCUGAUGGCACGCUAGUGCGUGGUUUGCCCGUGACCCACCUGCGUGACCAGCUCUUACAGGCAGAGCUCAAUCCCCGUGUGCGACGGCAAUUGUGGCAACAUGUAGCCAAAGUGGUGGAGCGCAAUGCCAAUGUGCGCACACGACAGGCACAGUGGCACGGAGAGUGGCAGCGUAUAUGGGAGUGGAUGGGCCCCGUUCAUCUGGAUGAGCCUGCCAUGUCACGCACCGCGCCCUCUUCACCUGGCCAGGAAGACGCGCCGCCGACGCCCCAGCCAUAG